CUACGAGGUGGUACGUACAAAUCGAACAAAUGUAAAAUAGCUCACACACAAUUUGUUUAGUUUCAGUCUUUUCUUUACGGUACUAGAGUCAACAAGUUGAAAAUACACAAAAAAAGUCAAGAAAAGAAAGAAAAAUUCUGAAAAAAAAGAAACCGACGACAAUCACGACAAUUGUCUCCGAUACAUACAGUGAGAGAGAACACAAAAGAAAUAAAUAAUAAAAUAUAAUUUUAUUUUUAUGUACAACUUAUUCGUAUAAAAUAAUAAUGAAAAAAUAAACGCGUAUUUUGUAAUAUUACAGAAUUUUUUUAAAUAAGAAACAACACACAUUAAAUAAUUAAUUAAAACAAAAGAAAAAUAUAUGACAAAAAACAAGUGACUUAGCAGCUGUUUAAAAGAAAAAAUAAAUUAAAAGAAAAGUCAUUCCUCUUUUAAAACUUACACGGUUUCAAUAAUUCGCCCUCAACUUAAUUAACUUUAGUACCAAUUUAAAAGAAAAACAACAGAAAAGCUGGACCCUUUCCUUUUAACUGUUGUAACGUGUUCCUUGUUUGAUUAAUCAAUUAAUCACACAUUUGUUUAUAUUGAAAUUCGUAUUAUUUGUUACGCUACAUGGAUGACGAGCUUGAGGAUAAAGUUUUCUAUCAAACAUACGUUUCACACAUGAAGAUCUUAUCGAAAUUUGCUGUGGGCUUUUCGUCCAUUAACUCACCCUUAGCCUAUAUUUGGAAAUUAUGUCGUCUCUAUGUUUUGCGACCAGAAGUGAUAUUUUGCGGUGUAAUACUAUUUAUUUUACUACUUUAUUUACAAGCUGUCGACACAUGGUCACGUGGUUUACUCGGCCGCAUACAGACCACUUUAAGUGGCCGCCAGAAAUCAAAUCGCAUGAAAUUAUUGGAGGCAUCCGGCCAAGGUGAUCAUCAAUCGUGGGAGGCAUUGCGUGCACAGAGUUCAGCAUAUGCGAUAUUGGGUAGAAGACCUCGUAUGGAAGAUCGAUUCAUUAUCGAGGAAAAUAUUAACAAUAAUACAGGCAUUUCAUUUUUUGCCGUAUUUGAUGGUCAUGGCGGUGAAUUUGCAGCUGAUUUUGCCAAAGAUAUAUUGGUUAAAAAUAUUUAUAACAAGGUCAUCGAAACAACAAAGUUGUUGAGUGUCCAAAAACAAGAACAGAAACAUUUGACGGCAGCUAAUGCAGCCGAUAAUGAUAAAGACUAUGUAGAAUAUGAUGCUAGUCCGUAUUUGAAAAGGAAAGCUAGCCGCAAAGACAAUAAUAACGAUGGUAGUAAUAAGGAAAAUGAACCAGUAAUUAGAAGACGUGAUAGUUUACGAAAGACCACAAGUGUGACCGAUGAUUGUGCUUCUAAAAAAACGAGUGAGAAAGAUUCUUCAGAUGUUUUUACGCUACAAUUAAACUCCCUCUUACGUGGUGUAGGCGGUGGUUCUAGUGUUAAGGAUAGUUUUUUAAAUAACAAUAAUAAUAAAGAUUCAGCGACCAACGAUGGCAAGGGACCUCAGCAGUUUGAUGCCAAAUGUUAUAUUGAAGGCGGUAAAAUUAAUUUCGGUAAAUUAAUUACCGAUGAAGUACUAGCCGCCGAUUAUAAAUUGGUGGAGGCAGCAAAGAAAACGACCAACAUAGCCGGUACUACAGCUUUAAUAGCCAUCAUUCAGGGCAGCCGUUUAAUAGUUGCUAAUGUUGGCGAUUCACGUGGUGUUAUGUGCAACUCUAGAGGAAUUGCCAUACCCCUGUCUUUUGACCAUAAACCACAACAGGUUAGAGAACGUAAACGUAUACAUGAUGCUGGUGGCUUUAUAGCCUUCCGAGGAGUUUGGCGUGUAGCUGGCAUAUUGGCCACCUCUAGGGCUCUAGGUGAUUAUCCUCUAAAAGACAAAAAUCUAGUCAUAGCUAAUCCUGAUAUAUUAACAUUUGAUUUAAAUGAUCAUAAGCCCUCAUUUUUAAUACUGGCUUCUGAUGGACUUUGGGAUACCUUCACUAAUGAAGAAGCUUGCAGCUUUAUUAAAGAACACAUCAAUGAACCAGAUUUUGGUGCCAAAUCAUUGGCCUUGCAAUCGUACUAUCGUGGUUCUGUAGACAAUAUUACUGUUUUAGUAAUAGCCUUUAAGAAUGGUGUAUACCGCAUUGGUUCAGCAGCAAACACGUCGUCGGUAACAAAUCCUGCAUCUUCGUCAGCUCAUGGCUCAAAUGUGCCGAAUAAUUCUAACAAGGAAUCCUCUAAAUCAGCCGCCUCUGUUAUUGCCUCGACCAAUUUGAAUCGCUCGAACAGUGUUCGUACUAAAUAAUAAGAAAAACCUAUUAUUAGUGUUUUAAAGUCUUUAACAUAAGAUUGUCGGAAUCUUUGUUGCAUUCUAAAAAUUGCGCACCUAAAUGAAUUUUGUUAUUUCAAAAACCCCGCCUAACAUAAGAAUAACAAAACAAGUGCCCAAUGCUAAGAAAAAUCAAAUUCAUUUAUGUAAAAUCUACGCAUUUUAAUAUUUAAGUUAGAUUUUGUUUUAAAUUACAAACAAAGCAAAUGAAAUACCCACCACACCCGCCUGCUUCUUAUAGAGCGCUUCUUUCAUAUUUAUUAUAAACACAAAACCACUCUAAACCAAAACCAACUCCUUUUCUCUUUAAGAUUUUAUUUUGUUGUUUUUCUUUUUCUUUUAUAGGCUAGUAAUGAACUGAAAAAUGGAAAUUGUUGAAAAAUUAAUUUAUUAUAAAUUAAUUUAACUUUUUUGUUUGUUUCCUAUUUUAUUUAAUUCACUUAUUUAUUGUUUCUGUUCUUAUUAGAUAAUGAUUGUAUUUAAUUUAUUUAAAAAAAAACACACACACACCAACACCUCACUUGAAUUAUUUCUUUUCGUAUACGUUAGAUUUAAACGAGUUUUCUAAAAUUUAUUUCUUUAAACCAAAUAUUUAAAAUGAAGACAAAUUGUAAGUGUAAAAUUUUAAUUAACUAAAUUUUUACGAUAAUAAAAUUAGAUAA